AUGAUUAUCUUGAGUUUAAUAUCAAAGUUUUUCCAGGGCGACACCCAAGCGGACGGCCGCUGCGGCUCCGUGCAGGCAGAUUCUUAUGAAUUUAAGAAAACCAUUUCCCUGCCCGGAAAAGAUGCGCUUGAGAGGAUGGUGAAGGAAAAGGCGAACGGGCUGGAUCGCGAGAUUACGAAACGGUUGAAUAAGGGGUUAAGCCGUUUCCAAGUGUUCCUGAAUCUGAUCGCCGCUUCGAAGCCGUCGAUGUCGCAACGAAUGUACUUUGAAGGGAGCCAGGAGUGCAAAUCCUGCAGCCCGGCUUCUGACUACCGGUCCUCUUAUCUCUACUGCAAUAUGGAGGAUUGUAAGAGCUCCUGGGCGCACCAAUGUCUCCAUAACACUGCCCGUAUUGCCGCCUGCUUCACUGUUGAAUUUAAUUAUAGGAUGACUAGCAGCUACGCAGAAGUCUUGGAAUUUUUGCGCGAAAACAACUACCCGAACCAAGAGGUUGACUACGGGAAACCACGACAGCGACAAGCUCCAGCUCGUGGCUUCCACCCCUACGAUAGAUCAAUCUUAGGUGCACCACGCAGUCGAGAGGAAACUCAGCCAGGCGAGCCGGAAGUUGCGGCUCCGGUGGCCGAGGAGAAUGAUGAGGAGACGGGCGGUGGGCCGCUACGCGUAGCACCUCUGAACGAGCGCUGCGUCGCACGGAUGCCCCAGAAGAUGACGCAUCUUAGGAGAUACUGCACGAUAUUCUGGAACGCCAAGCUGUGCUGCGCCCACUGCGAUUCCGUAUGCGAUCAG